UGUAAAGCAACUUAUCAGGGCUUGUAUAGUUUUUUUUAUUGGGUGGAAAAUAUAUUUAAUGUUCUUCUCCUUCUAGAUGGAACCUAUUCAGUUGAGCUUGCAGGAAUCUGGGUUCCAAGAAGACAAGAUGGAAACUCAGUUGAUCUCGCAGGAAUCUGAGCACCAAGAAGACAAGAUAGAACCUCAUGAAAAUAUGAACGAAUCAGAGCUCUCGGAAGAAAAGCGGGAAACUCCUCAACUGGACUUGAAAGAAUCUGAGCUCCAAGGAGAUCAGAUGGAAGAACCUCAUGAAAAUAUAAACGAAUCAGAGUUCUCGCAAGAGAAGAUGGAAACCCCUCAGUUACGUUUGCAGGAAUCUGAGCUCCAAGAAGACAAGAUAGAACCUCAUGAAAAUAUGAACGAAUCAGAGUUCUCGGAAGAGAAGAUGGAAACUCUUCAGUUGAGUUUGCAGGAAUCUGAGCACCAUGAAGACAAGGGCUUAAGGGAGCUGAGAUUGAUGGUUUUGAAUACGUAUCCCCUUCAUCCAGUCUGCUUAAUCCCUGUGUUCAACCUGGCACAUCCGGGUUUGAGAUCUGAUGACAUCACUGACCCUUAUUUCCCCUGUGAUGUAGUCCAACAGACCACCAGGGGGGAUGUUGGGACAGAACCUCAUGAAAAUAUGAGCGAAAUAGAGUUCUCAGAAGAGAAGACGGAAACUCCUCAUAUGGACUUGAAAGAAUCUGAACCGCAAGGAGAUCAGAUGGAAACUCUUCAUUUGAGCUUGGAGGAAUAUGAGCUCCAAGAAGACAAGACUGAAACUCCUCAACUGGACUUGAAAGAAUCUGAACCGCAAGAUCAUCAGAUACAAGAACAUCAUGAAAUUAUGAAUGAUUCAGAGUCCUUGGAAGAGAAGAUAGAACCUCAUGAAAAUAUGAGCGAAACAGAGUUCUCAGAAGAGAAGACGGAAACUCCUCAACUGGACUUGAAAGAAUCUGAAACGCAAGGAGAUCAGAUAGAAGAACCUCAUGAAAAUAUGAAUGAAUCAGAGUCGUUGGAAGAGAAGAUAGAACCUCAUGAAAAUAUGAGCAAAACAGAGUUCUCAGAAGAGAAGACGGAAACUCCUCAACUGGACUUGAAAGAAUCUGAAACGCAAGGAGAUCGGAUAGAACCUCAUGAAAAUAUGAGCAAAACUGAGUUCUCAGAAGAGAAGACAGAAACUCCUCAACUGGACUUGAAAGGAUUUGAGCUCCAAGAAAAUCAGAUGGAAACUCCUCAUUUGAGCUUGGAGGAAUCUGAGCUCCAAGAAGACAAGAUGGAACCUCAUGAAAAUAUGAACGAAUCAGAGUUCAACGAAGAGAAGAAAGAAAUUCCUCAACCGGACUUGAAAGAAGCUGAGCUCCAAGAAGAUAAGAUAGAAGAACCCCAUGAAAAUAUGAACAAAUCAGAGUUCUCGGAAGAGAAGAUGGAAACUCUUCAGUUGAACUUGCAGGAAUCUGAGCUCCAAGACAAGAUACAACCAAAUGAAAAUAUGAAGGAAUCAGAGUUUUUGGAAGAAAAGAGGGAAACUCCUCACCUGGACUUAAAAGAAUCUGAGCUCCAAGGAGAUCAGAUAGAAGAACCCCAUGAAAAUAUGAACGAAUCAGAGUUCUCGGAAGAGAAGAUGGAACCUCUUCAGUUGAGUUUGCAGGAAUCUGAGAUCCAAGACAAGAUAGAACCUCAUGAAAAUAUAAACAAAUCAGAGUUCACUGAAGAGAAGAAAGAAAUUCCUCAACUGGACUUGAAACAAGUUGAGCUCCAAGAAGAUAAGAUAGAAGAACCCCAUGAAAAUAUGAACAAAUCAGAGUUGUCGGAAGAGAAGAUGGAAACUCUUCAGUUGAACUUGCAGGAAUCUGAGCUCCAAGACAAGAUAGAACCUCAUGAAAAUAUGAACAAAUCAGAGUUCACCAAAGAGAAGGUGGACAGUUGUGAAAAUGUGAAGGAAGAGGAGUCCUCAGAGGACAAGAUGGAAACACCUCAAAUAGAAUCUGAGCCCCUAGAAGACAAGUUUAACCACCAUCGUGAAAAUAUAAGAGAAUUGGAGUUCUCUGAAGACAACGUUGAAAUACAGCAAAUGGAAGCUGAGAUCUCGAAAGAUAAGAUGGAAAAUCCUGAAGAAGUUAUGAAGGGUUCUGAGAUUCAUGAAGACAAGAUGGAAAAUCCUCCAGAAGCCAAAACGGAAUCUGAGCUCUCUGAAGACCAGAUGGAAAAUCAUGAACUGGACUUCAAGGGAGACAAGGAUGUGGAGGAGCAGAUGGAAAAUCAUGAACUGGACUUUAAGGGACACAAGGAUGUGGAGGAGCAGAUGGAGUCUCUCAAAGUGGAUUUAAAUGUAUCUGUUGUAUCUGAUGAGGAGAUUUCCACAGAUAAAAAUCGCCACAACCGUCUGGGUUCUGAUGAUCUAAAUGACACGCUCAUUUAUGAAGAUACUUCAUGUGACCCGUCAUUACUGGCACUAGGUGAAGAAACUACAAUAAUGCCAUGACAAUCUGGGUGACAAUCUAACACCACUCUUGUCCCAUCUUAGUCACUAGAAGGUCCAUGACUGGAAGGUUAAAGGCAGAAUUGACUGGACUACUUGUUAAACAUAAAAUUAUUUAUUAUGUAAAUAGGCAAAAAACGUUGUCUGUCUUGUAAUGUGAAUAAUGUGCAUCACUUACCGCAUUUAACGGAAACUAAUCCUGUCCCAUUCUCCUCCCAAUAAAUAAUUUGCAUUUGCUGUUU